UGAUCCAGAGUUAAUACCCCGCCUGUGUCGCAAGUCGAUCCGUGCUGGGCUCAAGAGUCAGAAGAGGUGAGACUGGGUUGGAAAGUGGGGAAAGUGGGACAGCGGUGCGGUGCGGUGCGGUGAGGUGUGGUGUGGUGUUGAGCACGCGGCUUUAGGGUUGACGUCUUCUUGACAACGCGAAGUUUGUCGCUUGCUUCCAUCUCACCAGAAGCGACACGCGCUCUGCGCUUGCCAGUAUUGAGAGGGAGAAACCUCACUCAAUGCUAGAUUUGGGAAGCGGGGUGGAGGAAAUGGCAUUUCAGCUGUUUUUGCAGCCCGAGCGCAGCGCUGCUGCUGGUGGUGACGCCUGAAGGGAGCUUUAAUAACGCGGGGUAACGUUAUAUCUCUAGCAGCUGAAGAUGGUGAAUUCAAGUGUUUUAUUAUCGUCAUGGCAAACGGAACCGGCAGCAUCAUGUUGAAAUGCGUGGUCGUCGGCGACGGCGCCGUUGGAAAAACUUGUCUGCUGAUGAGCUAUGCCAACGACGCCUUUCCAGAGGAAUAUGUGCCCACUGUAUUUGAUCAUUAUGCAGUGAGUGUGACGGUUGGGGGAAAACAGUACCUGCUGGGGCUGUAUGACACUGCGGGUCAGGAGGACUAUGAUCGCCUGCGACCCCUGUCUUACCCCAUGACAGAUGUCUUCCUAAUUUGCUUCUCCGUGGUGAAUCCGGCCAGCUUCCAGAACGUGAGAGAGGAGUGGGUCCCUGAGCUGCAGGAGUACGCACCCAAUGUCCCUUACCUGCUCAUCGGCACUCAGAUUGACCUGCGGGACGACCCCAAGACUAUUGCCAAGCUGAACGAUGUGAAGGAAAAGCCCAUUGUGACAGAACAAGGCCAAAAGCUAGCAAAGGAGAUUGGUGCCUGCUGUUAUGUUGAAUGCUCAGCACUGACACAGAAAGGCCUGAAGACUGUGUUUGAUGAGGCCAUUAUAGCCAUUCUGGCUCCUAAGAAAGGUGCGCUCAAGCGAAGACUGGGGCCACGCUGCAUCAACUGCUGCCUCAUCACAUGAUACACCAGCUCAAGGGCAUCCAGUGACCAACUGACAACCAACCAGAUUUCAAUCUGACUUCUGAACUAAAGCAAGGCGAACCAAUGGGCCCAUUCACCUCCAAGUCCAAGUCAUGGACGAGGAACUAACAAAAAGACACAUUGUUCAGGAAGAAAUGACACGAACACUAAUCCUUGAGAAUGGAAUACAAAGAAAAACGGACAAAAUGAUUUAUUGAACAUACAAGCACAGAGAACAGACACCCUUUCUAAUGACUAAAAACAAUCAAACUGUAGUUCCAACGUGUCUGGCACAGCAAGCAUGAGUUCCUUUGAGAGAUGAAACAGCACAACCAAACCCAUCGGUCAUUUACAGAAGUAAGACUUUCUUCAAAAAGGGGAAUUCAGCAUCUCAAUUUAGGUUGCAAAAUACUUGCUUUUUACAAAAUGUCUCAAGUCAGUACUAGCUUUAUUUACAGGAAGAACGAGAGGAAUGAUCGAAUAAAUAUACUGCCAUUAGGAGCGAACAACAAAUUAAAUAUCUAUUCUACAAAAAAACAAACACAGAAACCAUAAACUGGACAUCUGAGUCAGGAAGCAUUUCUUAGCAUGUACUGGGACGGACAGUCGUUUUUUGACUCCAGUCUGGAUCUCUUUCUUUCUCAGUUCCUUGUGGCCUGUGAUUGUGUCCUUCUUUUCCUCACUUGAGCUUGUAUGUGAGUUGUUUGCGAUGCCAGUGUAUCCAGACAGGAGCAGCGAGGAGGCCCGUUAGAAAUCCAGUAGUUGCCCCAAGGGUACAGGAGUUGGGCCAAACCUGGAUAUAAGAGCCAGAAAAUGAAGAUCAAAACUGUCAUUUUGCAGGAGCACAAGUGACUUGACUGGAAAUUCUACAGAAUCACUGUGGUGUUUUCAAAUUUUCUAUUUCAGACUGCUUUAUUCCUCUUUCUUUUUUUAACGUAGAGUUUUGAGUGUUACGUAUUGGUGGCCUUGCCUCUCAGGUGUGUGCCAACUGCUCUGCAUUUAGAACUUUUGCUUCAUAUGAUCAAGGCGAUUUCAAAUUUUGUUUUGUUUUUUUAUUUAAAUUUUAUGCAUUUUUUGCAGUCCAUGCAAAUAUGUGGAGUGGUCUUUAAAGCUUCUAGCACAUUGUGAGCAACAACAACAACAAAAAAGCCUUUAUAAAUAGUAGAUCUAAAUCUAAAAUUAAAAGGCACAAUGGUUUUAUGGGAGAACAUAAUUAAUAUGAAAACUUGCUUUUGACGCCCAAUGCGCAGUGGAUAAACAAAAUGUAAAUUUAAUGACUUGCUUCAAAAUCUUUACUGAGUAUAAAACAGGUUUUUCAAAAACUUUGCCUUUUUUAUUUAGUUGUUUUGAUUCAUCGUGUAGAUUUGAAUGCCUUAUUUCAGUCUUGCACAUAAAAAAAGAAAAUUAAAUAUGCAAUUAUUUUUCUGUUAUAUUAAGAAAAAUAAUAAUUAUUAUUAUACCAGUUAACUGACACACACACAAAGAAAACUGUUCAAAAGUUUUGGGUCAGUAAGAAUGUUUUGAAAAAAUGUAUUGUGCUUACUAAGUCUGCAUUUUCAUUUGCAGUAAAAAAUAUGAUAAAAACACUAAUUAUUAUUUAAAAUAAAGGUUUUCUAUUUUAAAUGUA